CCCCGGCGCACCCACGGCGCUCUGCCACUUGUCCCCGGUCCUACAGCCUCAGCAUGUCGGAGACCGCUCCCGCCGCUCCUGCCGCCGCGCCCCCCGCGGAGAAGGCCCCCGUGAAGAAGAAGGCGGCCAAGAAACCCGCAGGGGUGCGCCGCAAGGCUUCUGGGCCGCCGGUGUCCGAGCUCAUCACCAAGGCCGUGGCCGCCUCCAAGGAGCGCAGCGGCGUGUCCCUGGCCGCGCUCAAGAAGGCGCUGGCGGCCGCCGGCUACGACGUGGAGAAGAACAACAGCCGCAUCAAGCUGGGCCUCAAGAGCCUGGUGAGCAAGGGCACCCUGGUGCAGACCAAGGGCACCGGCGCCUCGGGCUCCUUCAAGCUCAACAAGAAGGCAGCGUCCGGGGAGGCCAAGCCCAAAGCCAAGAAGGCGGGCGCGGCCAAGCCCAAGAAGGCUGCCGGGGCGGCCAAGAAAGCCAAGAAGGCCACCGGCGCCGGCACUCCCAAGAAGAGCGCCAAGAAGACCCCGAAGAAGGUGAAGAAGCCGGCGGGGGCUGCUGUCGCCAAGAAAGUGGCCAAGAGUCCGAAGAAAGCGAAGGCUGCCAAGCCGAAGAAGGCCGCCAAGAGCGCAGCUAAGGCCGUGAAGCCCAAGACCGCCAAACCCAAGGUUGCCAAGCCCAAGAAGGCUGCACCCAAAAAGAAGUAGGCUGUUGAAGAACGUCUGCUUCUGAAACCCAAAAAGGCUCUUUUCAGAGCCACCACUGACCUCAAAGAAAGAGCUGAACCUUCUAACCCUGUCCCUUUCUCCCUUUAACCUUUGGCUCUAGGUGUGGUUGGCAGCUGCAGUUGACGCCAGCCGGAAAGAGGCGGCGGGGGUCUCUGCGCAGCCCUGGGGCGCGUCCCCUGCCCAGCGGUAUCCCGGGUGGCCUCCCCCGCUACUUUGCGGAAGCGCUGCCCCGGAGGCGCGCACUCGCGCGCCAGCCCCGCCCCGCGCCAGGCCAUCGAAAACAACCACAAAUCAAGUCAGCCAGUUCCUCGGUCUCCAGGAAUCCCCCGAUUGGGUUGGAAAGCCGUUCAAAAGUCCCGCCCUGCUCGCGGGUUGGCCCACUCCUCCGGCCCACGCUUUUCAUCGCGUGUUUUAUUGGGUGGAGGCCGGCCUCUUGUGUAUUCUGUGUACGUUUCGUUUCCAGUGGAUUGAUUGUGCCUUUUUCGCCCGGUAAGUGUGUCCCUGAUACCUCGGACACUUCCCAUGGUUUGGAAAGUCCAGCUCGUGUCCGGGGACGGCCGCAGCACCCCGCCGGGGAGGAGACGGUGCGGGCGUCCGUGCCGCGCGCUCCCGUGGGCCAGCCCGCGCGCUGCGGCCGCUGAGGACCGCGUCUGGACCACCGCGCGGCGGCGGCGGCGGCCACCCUGCCACCGGGCGCCGCUGGACCGGCGCCCUUCUGUCCCUCGCGUCAUGUAACUUUGAACAAAAGUGUGAUGGGAUUGGAGUGCAUCACAACAACCCUUCGUCGGCCAUCUUGUCCCGGCAGCGGGUCACCGAGCGUCGUUUUAGGUAGACGUCAACAUCUAAACGCCGGAGAUGCUUUCAACGCAUUUUUGCGCGGCCGAAGGCCCAACGGUUUCUACGCGAGUAACGUACGGGUAAACCUGGGAACGUAUAUGCAUGUGUGGGGGUGAAGUGAUGUCUCUAACGAAGGCCUUUAGUUUAUCUUCACGGCGGUAUCUGCGGCUUCUUUCAUACUGAUGGCGUUUCUUCUGGGCAGAGGAAAGUCCAGCGUCGUGUUUUAUAUUCUGGUCAACACCGUUGGUUCCAGGAACCGGGGCUUCUGGAGACCCGAAGCUCAGUUCUCCGCCCAUUGCCACAGCGACUGAUGUAGUCGUUAAGUAACUUAGAUUAAUUUCCCCCCAUUACCGGUAGUGACCACGGAGUUCAUUCCUGCCCGCACCGUCCCUCCCAACGGAAUGGGAUACUAUAAUUAAUGUUCGUUUUCAUGUGUAGAAAGACCUCCCUUCUUUGAGAGCACAGCGCACCCGCGCGCGCGCAUGCACGCCAAGAAAGUUUUCCAAGAUAUGUUGUCAUCUUUGUUGCUGUUGAAAAUGACAACCUAUGAGAUUUUUGAUUCCUUUGGGGCCUGGCACACUGAAGAUAUCCAGUAAUGGAAGGGAUCUAUGCCUAGUGAAUGAACAACCUCUAGAACAGUCCUGUCUGUAGCCAAAUUAAGUAAGGAAGAAAGAAACAGACAACUCUUUGAAACCUGGUACGUAUUUUACACGUAAAGCUCAUCUUGGUUUGGACCAGCCACAUUUCAAGUGCUUCAUAGCCAUAUAUGGCUAGUGGCUACUAUCUUGGAUGAUAUAGUUCCACAGUAACUAAAUACUGUGAUGAAAACACAAGCAAAUACCUGCUCUGUAGUAGAAUCCAGAUGUUUCCAAGGAAAUGAUUAUUCUGAGCUGGUCCUGAAGCCCAGAGAGCAUCCCUGAAAGUUCACCUUUUGUCUGAUUAUGGUGAGAUACUGAAGAACAUAUCUGGAUUUGGGUAAGAGAAAAUGGAGUUGAAUGUAUUUGGGUAAGGGUUAAUGACAUGAGAAGUGCGAUUUGCAGAUGUGCUCAUAUAUAGUUCAGUUCUAGCCAAUCUGAAGUAAGAAUGGUGUCAAGGAGUUUUCUCCUGUUCAUGGACAAACUCAGCUGGAUUACAGACAAGAAGAUGUCGGACUCCUGUCAUUAUAUGACAUCUACAUUUUUGUAGCAACCGCGCUGGCAGUGAACGUAUAGUACAGACGAGUCAAGAUUUGAAAUGUACAGAACGGGAAGCUAGUCCAUGAAGAAAUCCUCUAAAUUUUACAACUCACGUAUGCAAGAAGCUUGACAGGAUUUUCUAAAUUUGAAAACAGUCUUACACAUGACAUUACCAAUAAUGUGCUUUGAAGCUGAAAGUACUAAGCGAUCAGGAGAACAAAACAGUUUGUGAUCAAUCGUGCUGGAGGAAAUACUGAAUUCUCUUCCUUCCUAUUGUCUAUAUAGAAAAUAGUACAAAAUAACUUUCGAGUGAAGAUGAAGUCGGAGUAUGCGGUCAAAAAACAGGAAAAUAAGCAUGAUAAGGUUGUAUUCGAGAGUUAAUAAAAUGUGCUAUUCUUCUGAA